CGCACGCGGCGUGCUGGAAUACAAUUUGUGGAUCAUGGUCUAUGAUAGAGCGGAUAACAUAUCAUCAGUAACUUCUUUCUGGCUGCUGGAGCCAGCCAUUGGAGGUAAAUGCUUCUUUGUAUUUGAAGUUAGUAACUGAUAAACCCAGCGCAAAUUGCAGAGAGUUUCUGCUCAGAGUUGGAUCCAUCAACAAAAUCGGAACAGACGUUCUCUUUGGUGAGAAAAUGGAUGAACGAAUGUUUCUCAAAGCACAGUCAAUGUCGAUCGCCUAUCAAUAGCAGAAAGCUCCCAACUAGACUUGUAUACGUCGAGUCAGAUGGUACAAGCUCCAAAGUGUCUGCAAGACUCUGUCGAGGGGAUUCACUUCCCCUACAAACACCAUACAUUACACUCUCCCAUUGUUGGGGCGAUACCAAGUUCUUGACCACGACGCGCACGAAUCUCAAUUCUUUUGAACUGUCGAUUCCCAUAAACAGCCUAUCCAGAACCUUCCAAGACGCUCUCUUUACGACUAUGGAGUUGGGUUUCCAAUACAUCUGGAUCGAUUCUCUUUGUAUUGUACAGGAUGAUCCUGAAGACUGGAAGCAGGAAUCGCUUUCCAUGUAUGGAGUGUACAAAAACGCAAGUUGUACCAUCUCGGCUUCUGGCUUCCCUGACGGAGUACAAGGGUUCUUUUCACACGAGCGUCACAUUGAUUCAGUUCCAGUGAAAGUGUAUCCUCAUUCUCGGUUCCCGAUGACUGGAUUUUCAACUGCCCAGAAUGACACACAGGCAAUCUAUUACGUGAUGGCUAGUCACCCGUGGGGAGAGAUAAGAAGAAGCCCAAUAUUCACUCGGGCCUGGACACUGCAAGAACAAUUACUUUCAAACCGAACUAUACACUUUAAGGAUGAACAGGUCUACUGGGAGUGUAAAUGUACAGUCGCGAAUGAAGUUUGGCCUCGCGGAUGGGCGAAUACUCCUUUGGAAAAGCCAUUUCAAACCGCUAUGAACGACAAAAGUUGGAUGUUCAGACUUGAGAAUAUACCUUACAAUGAUGUUAGUUUCAGUUUGUCAACUAGGAACCUAAAGCCGCUUGCGCAGACUGACCAAGCCCAGGCUUCCCUAUACAGCGCCUGGUACGACGUUCUAGCAGACUACUCGAAUCGUCAUCUCACAUUUGCUGAGGACCAGCUACCUGCCUUGGCAGGAAUCACUGAUGAAUUCGCGAAAGGUCUCGAGGAUAGAAGCAUAUUUGGAUUAUGGACCAACGACAUCCAUCGUGGAAUACUCUUCUUUGAACCUAAUCGUUUUGAACAGUCCCCGGAAUCUAAAAUCGUGCCAACAUGGAACGGCUCGCCAAGUUGGUCAUGGCUGGGACGGGGAAAAAGCGUGCUUUGGGACACUUGUCUACAACAAGCUACGAUGCAACGUAUCUGUAACAUCUGCUUUGUUCCUCCGUCAGGGCUAAAACUUUCCGGGCCUCUUCUACCACGUCCAAGUAAAUUUGCCUACUCAUCAAGUUGGGAAGAUGAGGGUCCUCGGUACUUUUUCAUCUUAGGUUCGGAUAAAGAGGGUUUCAUGUUCACAUGGUAUCAAGACGGAUGGUUCGACUCGACCGUUGAAGAAUGCUUGGCCGACAUGACUCGACCAUCUACUCCAGAAGACCCUGAAGCUGCUCCGCAGUAUCAAGAGGAUUCGUUGGUGCAGGGAGCUGAUAUUACUGGCGGGCUUAGCAAUGUCGGAACGGAUACAUCAUCUUCAACACGUCGGCCGUCUACUCCAGACGAGCGGACACAGCAUAACCGGGCGAAGGCAUUCCUUGGAAACAUUCUUAUCAUGCCGAUACUGUGUUACGUAAAGCCGAUCAAGAAUGAGAACUACUGUCAAGAAGGUACCGUUAUGGGUCUUCUGUUACAUCAAUCACCUGGAGCAGAUCGCGGGGUAUAUCGACGAGUGGGUAUUAUGGAGGCUGAGAUACGAGGCGACAGCGAGAUGGAUGUCCACACAGUUCAGCAGCGGUUCGAGGCCUAUCGACAGCCACUUGACCCUCAACUCUUCCAGGAAGAAGACCACUAUGGAAACUAUGUAGUUACGGUCCUGUGACAAAUCCCCGCAAGGUUAAGGAAGUAUGGGUCCCAAGUGCCGCUUGUAGGCUAGUCGGAGCAAGACGGCCACCUUGAUGACAGCUUUUCAUCGAAUAUGAGCAGCCUCCAGAAAAGAAUUAGAAGUAGACGCUAUAAUCA